AUGUCAGCCAUUGUCUUUGACCAACUCCCAUUUGAACUCUUGGACAUGAUAGCAAAUCUCUUAGAGGAUGAUUAUGAUGCACUGAAGACGCUGUCCUCCGCCACUCGAAACCUCAGAGCAGUUUGUGUCCCACAUCUUUUCAGAACUCUUCGCAUUACUUUCUCCGCAUCUGGAUUCACGCGCCUUGAGGAAGUUUCGAAUUCUGUAUUUGCCCAGUAUGUGACAGCUGUUCGCUACAAAGUGCCUGAGCUUAUCGACGCGAAUAUUCCUUCCUGGGACUAUUUUCGUCUGUGCGUGUAUACCCCUGAGGAGUUUGUAAGGGAUCAGAGAGAACAAUGGUGGAACUUUCGCGGAAACUCCCUCUCUUACGCAUCAAUCUACAAAUAUUUCAGCAAACUAUCAGCGGAACAGCACGAAAUACUUGCCGGCAGUAGGGAUGCUCGAACAAUAAGAAGAUGUCUUCCCCGUUUUUGGCGUCUCAAGGAUAUCCAAUUGAUGUUCGAGGACACCAUUGACCAGCCAUUUCGCUGGCUGGCAACGCAUCUCUUUAUUGACAGAAAUGACUCCAUGCUUCUGCAUUUCGAAACAUUUGUGGAGGCUUUGAUAGGGCUGAGGGAGCACGGGAUGUCCAUCCGUACCUUCCGUGUUCAUGGCUUCGACUCUAACAUCUCAAUGUUAGAAAAGGGAUUUCUUGACAAGGUGGCGCACGCGUUACAAACUGUGACUAAUAUUGUCCUGAUUGAUAGCGUAGGCCUUCUUCGAUGUUUGGCCUCAAUCCCGCUCCCUUCAAUGCUACGCCUUGAGUUAGGGAGCUGUUGGCUACAAAUAACUGCCCUGGAAACUUUCUGCUCCGCCCACAAAGGCAGAGUUCGGCAUAUUCAUUUUGAGGAGGUUUGGGUUCUAGCUGACAAUCUAGAUGAUUGGGGGUCUUCAAUGAGCAUGCGCAACACGGCUACGCUCAUUGAAAAAAUUGUAGUCCUUCGCAGAUCAGGCGUUCUUCGGCAAAUCACAGUGAAUAGGAAGGAUGACGGCCAGUAUGAGUACCAGGAUUGGUUUGAAAUCAACGGCACCGCAAGUUAG